CUCGGGAGGAGGGGCGGAACCCCGGGUGCAGACCCGGCUGUCGCGGGCCAGCGGCCUCGGAUCCGUAGCGGGCGGCGGACGUUAGCUGUCUCGCUGGUGCCAUGUCAUUCUGCAGCUUCUUCGGGGGCGAGGUUUUCCAGAACCACUUUGAGCCGGGUGUCUAUGUGUGCGCCAAGUGUGGCUAUGAGCUUUUCUCCAGCCGCUCAAAGUACGCACACUCAUCCCCGUGGCCCGCCUUCACUGAGACCAUUCAUGCUGAUAGUGUGGACAAGCGUCCAGAGCGCAACUCACCUGAAGCCUUAAAGGUGUCCUGCGGCAAAUGUGGGAACGGGCUGGGCCAUGAGUUCCUGAAUGAUGGCCCCAAGCCGGGGCAGUCCCGCUUCUGAAUAUUUAGCAGUUCGCUGAAGUUCAUCCCGAAAGGCAAAGGAACUUCUGGCUCUCAGGAGCUGUAGGUGGGCAGCGCAUACCCAUUCCAGCUGGACACUGCCCUGGUCACACUCUGGCCAUCGCACCUUGGAAUUGGAACCCCAGACAUUCAGACGGGGUGGGGGUGGGGGCUGGCUGAAGCAUCAGGAGGUCUUGGCUUUGCGCAGGUUGUCUUUGGGAAGAGCACUGUUUGCCAUGAUGCCCGUAGCCUGCUGCCAGGAUGAGCCUGGAGGGCCAGCUGUGGGCUCACCUUAGCCUCCUGCUCAUAUGGGAGUCUCAGGGAAGUAGGCUGUAAGCCUUGAUUACACCCCACCUUCUCUUCUCCUCAGCCCACUGCCCUCUCCCUGCCUGUCUGGACUCACCCCUGUGGGACCCGAUUCUGAGAUGGGCUCUGGCCCUCGCCAAAGCUCGUGCCCAUCUCCCCCAGGCUAUACGGGGAGACAGAAUGCAAAGGGAGGCAGCCUUCACCGGCUGCCCCAACUCCGGUCACUACAUGAUGCACUCUGAUGAAACCCUUCCAGGCAGCCAGAGUGGUGAAGAUCUGUGACCUGCUGGAGGAGCGGGCCAAGGGCACAGACCCCUGGUCUCUCAGUUUUGAGAGAAGAAAUCCUCCCUGUUUCACAAUCCGGGUGGGUACACCUUGCCUCACUCAGGCUUAGGACAGUGGUUGCUCCAUUACCUUGAUUGUGCAAGGUCAGGGCUGGGGAGCUCACAGCCCAGAGCUCACACCUUCCCACGAAGUGGUGGCUGUAGCUUCUUGCACACACCUGGGGGGGUGGGUGAUGCCACGGCCCCUCCCAGUUUAACUCCCCCCUGGAGUCCUCAGGAGAUCAGUAAACAAAUGGAACCCA